UAGAACAAUCAAACAUUAAUCUAAAAUGUUGUUGACAAUAAUAUUGAUCGUUUUAAUAGGUUUGCUGAGUAUUUUGUAUAUAUUGUUUAAAAUAAACUUUAACUAUUGGCUGCAAUAUCCCCAAAUAACCAGUGUAAAAGGUAAAAUAUUCAGUGGAAAUUUCAUUGACUUUUUGACUUUUAAAACUAAUUUCGGUUAUCACCUGAGAACAUUGUAUGAAGAUCAGAAAUAUUGCAAUGAAGCAGUUGUGGGAAUUUAUGCUCUCUAUGAACCGGGUCUGCUAAUAAAAGAACCUGAAAUUAUUAAAUCUAUAUUAAUCAAAGACUUUGAUUGCUUUAAUAGUCGUACAUGCCGAGGAGAUUUGAGCCAUGAUCCUUUGGGUGCUUUGAACUUAUUCUUUAGCUCAUAUACUCACUGGAGAGAGAUGCGUUUGAAAUUGAGCCCUGUAUUCUCUACAGGAAAACUAAAGUUUAUGUAUCCUUUAGUGCAAAAGGUUGGUGUUAGACUGGAAGAUUGUCUUCAACAAAAAGGUAACCGGUUUACGCUUGAAUUGAAGCAGUUGUGUGGCCGCUAUACAACGGAAGUUAUAACCACAACUUUAAUGGGUUUCACCUCGAAGGCUUUGGAAAAUAAUCAGGAAUAUAUAUACCAGGAAGCUGUCAAAUUGAGUGCAUUUAAUAUGAAAAGAGCUGUUGAUUUUUUAAUAACAUUUUUUGCACCAAAACUAAAUAGUCUGCUAAGGCCCAGAAUAUUUUAUCAGUCCACUGAACAAUUUAUGCGUUCGUCUAUUGCAUGUGUUAUGGAGGAAAGAGAGCGUUUGGUUGGAUCACGUAAUGAUCUUAUAGAUGCAUUUGUCAAAAUUAAACAAGAAGUGAAAAGUAAAGGGGAACAGGUGGCUCAAUGUAUGGAGAGUUUAAUAGCCCAGGCUUGUAUAUUUAUGAGUGCAGGUUUUGAUACGUCCUCAACUACCAUAGCCAAUGCUCUCUUCGAAAUGGCUAAGGAUCCACAAGUGCAGCAGAAAUUACGGCAGGAAAUUCUACAAGCAUUUACCCAGGGACAAGGUGAAAUUUCCUAUGACUCUCUUAACAAAAUGGAAUACUUACAAAUGGUAAUCGAUGAAGUAUUACGUCUAUAUCCUGUUUUACCCAUUCUGGAUCGUAGAUAUUGUAAAGCUGCAAAUAGAUCUUUGGAAUUUUCUUUAGAACCAUAUUAUGACUACAAAUUACCAGAUGGCAUGCCUGUUUAUAUUUCAGUAUUUGGUUUGCAUUAUGAUCCAAAGUAUUGGCCAAAUCCCACUAAAUUUGAUCCGGAACGUUUUAGUCCGGCCAAUAAGAAAUUGCUGAAUCCCUUGACCUAUUUACCAUUUGGAGACGGCCCUCAUAAUUGUAUUGGCUCACGUUUAGGUUUGUUGCAAGUCAAAGUCGGUUUGGUACAUUUGCUGAAGCAUUAUCGUGUACAAGUGUGUGCGGAAACUGUACUGAAACCUAAAUUUGAGCCCAUGAGCAUUGUUCUACAGACCAAGGGUGGUAUACAUGUGGAGUUUAUAAAGGAUAUGCUGUGUGAAAAUUUAGUUAAUAAAUUAGAGUAAGAGAAAAACAA